UGCCUUUCGCCGACGGCAUGCUCUUCUUCGUCUCUCUUUCUCCUUCGCAUCCCUUAGAAAAGAAGAAAAAAAAGUCGUUGACUUUUCUUUCUUUUUUAAAAUUUUGUGUCAAUCUCGGAGACCCUUCUUUGUUUAAAAAGAGAGAUAAGAGAUAGAGAAACAGAGGGGUUAAGAAAAUGGAGCAAGGGUUACUUGAUGAUAUUAUAAACCGGCUUUUGGAAGUCAGGGGUCGACCGGGGAAACAAGUUCAGCUAUCUGAAUCAGAGAUUCGACAGCUCUGUGUUGUUUCUAAGGAGAUUUUCUUACAGCAGCCUAAUUUGUUGGAACUUGAAGCACCCAUCAAAAUCUGUGGUGAUAUUCAUGGUCAAUAUUCUGAUCUUUUAAGGCUUUUUGAGUAUGGUGGGUUGCCUCCAAAUGCCAACUACUUAUUUUUGGGGGACUAUGUUGAUCGAGGCAAGCAAAGUCUGGAGACAAUAUGUCUUCUUCUUGCCUACAAGAUAAAACACCCCGAUAAUUUUUUCCUAUUGAGGGGUAACCAUGAAUGUGCUUCUAUAAACCGCAUAUAUGGGUUCUUUGAUGAGUGUAAGAGAAGAUUUAAUGUUAGGGUAUGGAAGACAUUCACUGAAUGUUUUAACUGCCUUCCAGUGGCAGCACUAAUUGAUGAGAAGAUUCUGUGCAUGCAUGGAGGCCUUUCUCCCGAUCUGAAUAAUUUGGAUGAGAUUAGAAAUUUACAAUGUCCGACUGAUGUUCCGGACACCGGUUUGCUCUGCGAUCUUCUAUGGUCUGAUCCCCGUAAAGAUGUUCAAGGCUGGGGAAUGAACGACAGAGGUGUUUCAUUUACUUUUGGUCCUGAUAAAGUGUCGGAGUUUUUACAGAAGCAUGACCUAGAUCUCAUUUGCCGUGCCCACCAGGUUGUGGAAGAUGGGUAUGAGUUCUUUGCCGACCGACAGCUUGUAACUAUAUUUUCAGCACCUAAUUAUUGUGGAGAGUUCGAUAAUGCUGGGGCCAUGAUGAGUGUGGAUGAGACUUUGAUGUGCUCCUUUCAAAUAUUGAAGCCUGCUGAUAAAAAGCCCAGGUUCAACUUUGGGAGCACGACCACAGCUAGGCCAGGGAACCCUUCUUCCAGUGUCUUUGGGAGCACAACAACAGCUAAGCCUGGAAACUCUCCUGCAGGAGUCAAGUCAUUCCUUGGUACAAAGGUAUGAGAGCGACAUCUGCGUGGUGGCAAGCCGGAACAGAAUUAUGUCAUGAACCAGAAUUGCAUUGAAGAGAACUUCGAGGUCCUUGUGAUUUCCGACUAAUACGCUCAAACGGUAAAAGAAAGAAAUGGAA